GCAGAAGGCGCAGCGCUGAAAUUCAAAUUUGAACAGUCGUUGUUUUGUGCCGUAGAAAAACGAGGAAGCGAGAAGAGAAGCCGUGAGCCGCUCAGCUCGCCCCAUUACGCCCUGUUUGUGUACACAUACUGGUGUACAAGACUUAAACGCGGUUGUUUAAGUACUGAGUAUCGACUACUGCGUGAGGAUACUGACAAAAAUGGAUCCGUUUACCGAGAAAUUGUUGGAGCGGACCCGGGCUCGCAGGGAAAACCUGCAGAAGAAAAUGGCAGAGAGACCAAAUGCAGCUAGCAGAGGGAUGGUCAAAAGGCCAUUGGCUGACACCAAUAGCAUGACCAGUGAGCCAGUCUUUGACAAAGUUCCACAGCCAUCCUCGAAGCCUUCUCCUUCCAAGCGAAGUCGCUCAGGAGAAAAUCUUCACCCUGCAGCCGGUGAGGAGAACCAGGAACCUAUGUUGACGACACCCAUUGCCCCCACGCUCACAGAUCCUCCUACAGACAAGAAACCACCGGCAGGCCCUGCCAGCAUCCGAAGUUCGUCCUCCUUGGAAAAGACCGCGACCCGACCUGCUGUCCAGUCUCAGCCACAGGAGCCGAAAACUGCACAGCCAGAGUCAAAGAAGAUGGCUGUCACCCCUGCUCCGGAUCCUCUAAGCAGAGAAACAGAGAUGGUGUCUGCCAUUUCAGCCCCACAGAGGAACAAGGAGGACCUGGUGGAAGAUGCAGCUCCAUCUGCUGUUGGCAUGAGGUCUCGUCUGCAGAGGCUAGCAGAACAGAGAAAGUGCUGGGAUGGAAGUGCCGCCUCUGAUGCAGGUCCAGACUACACUCCCCUUUCCCAGUUGAAAAGGCAAGACGAGGUCCCUCCAUCCACCGUCCCCACUGCGCCCGCAGGAGCUCCACUGGGAAGGAGAGGCAGACUGGCCAACCUCGCCGCCACCAUUGGAUCUUGGGAAGACGACCUAAGCCAUCCUAACAUUCUCACCGAGAAUCCAAAAGAGAAGCUUGGUACAGCUGUGACCAAGGUAGCAAUCAGAGAUGCUGCAGUGGCUACCAGCACUAAACCAGGUGCUGCCAGUUCAACUGCCAUCUCUAAUCAGCAGGCUUCGAAUCAUCCAGCGAAGUCCAGCCGAGUAGUUGUCCCGAGCCCUCAGAAGGUUGACAUUCCUGCCACCAAGCCAGCACUUAAGCCAGCAAGCAGUCCUCAGAAGAGCUCCAUCCAGGGAACUGCCUUCCCCUCUAGCCCCCAGAAGGCCACCCCCUCCUCAUCUGCAUUAGUGCCCCAAAGUCCCCUGAAAAAUCAGGUCCUCUCCAGGGGUCUCAACACCCCCUCCAGCCCCCAGAAGCCUGGACUCCAUGCCAAGCCCAUCAUAGCUGCCAACUCUACCCCUCAGGAAAAGGCCACAGGCGGGGCAUCUGGAGUAAAAUCUUUUCUGGAGCGCUUUGGUGAGAAGUGCCAGGAGCGAACCAACCAGAGCUCCCCAGCAGGGAGCACUGCGAAUGCCAAGAUUCCCACUGUGACUCCAUCAGUCACACCAAACACCAGACUGGUACAGGAAAGACUCAGAGCUGCCCAGGCUGCAAACACAGCCACUGCUGAUCUCACCCAAAGACAGAAGCUGGAGCGAGAGUCUGAGCUGGCUCAGAUCCGCAGUCGCUUUCAGAAAGGGAGCAACAUGUGGAAAAACAAAGAGGAAGCAGCAGAAACCAAUAAAAGCACAGACAUCAAGGAACAGCUUAACAAGCCUGUGGAGGCUGAAGUUGCCCCUCUGAAGCCACGGGAUGAACCCACAGCACCUUCUACUGAGAGUACAGUUACACCCAAAAAGUGCACUCCUCCAGGUCAUGAGUUGAUGGUCUCACCUCCAGCGUCAACAUCAAGUCCUCUGAGGGUAGUCACCCCUAAUAUUAAGAAAACUACAGAAGAAACCCCAAAGGACAGUGAAGUGGUCAAGGAGAUAGAGAUGAAUGUGGACCGCUCCAUCGACUCUGCAGUUAUCAAUGGACUGUUUGAAGGGAUCCUGGAGCAGGGUGAGGAUCAGAGUGAUGAUCAAAAUGAGGAGGAAGAUGCUUUGAAUAUCUCCUCCAUGUCCCUCCUCGCUCCGCUAGCAGAGACUGUGGCUGCGGUGGUGAAGAGUCCAGAGAGAAGAAUGAUGACGUCAACUCCAGCCAGCUCGUUCAUCGUAAAGAGCAACACUCCAGACAAACCUAGCAAGUUCCAGAGAUCUAAUAUAGUACGGACGGCCUCCUCGGACAGCAGUGAUGCCUCAGACGAGGAGCUCAGAUUGCCAUAUAGCAUCGAUGCAUACAGGUCCACCCGGGUGAAAGACACAGAGAGACCUGGCGUGAAACAGGUGAUUGUGAGAAAAGAGGACGUUUCUCAGAGAGCAGAGGAGCCCAGAGGAUCCAGUCUCUUCAGUAUCAAACAGAAGAUGAAGAUUCUGACCAACGAGAUGAACCUGCAGCAGACAGUCAUUCAUCAAGCCAGUCAGGCCCUCAACUGCUGCACGGACGAGGAGCACGGCAAAGGAUCCCAGGUGGAGGCCGAGGCACAGAGGCUGCUGCUGGUGGCAACCGAGAGGAGAAAAGCAUUGAUGGCCGAGCUGGACCGUCUGAAAGGGGACCCAACAGGCCAGAAAAGUGCCCCCGCAGCCCCAGACCCUACCAGCAUGUCGGCCUCCAAGGGCUCCAUCACCUUGCAAGAGUUACGCUUGCCUCUCAAGGCAGACUUUGUUUGCUCCACUGCCAACAAGCCAGAAUCAACCAAAUAUUCCUUCUUCAUCAUGAUUCGUGCUGGAGCAGAGAACACUGUGGCCACACCUUUAGCCAGCACCCACCGCGGCCUCAGUGGGGACACCCUUGCAUUCCCUACCACUUUCACCAUAUCUGAUGUGUCCAGUAACUUUGAAAUUGAUAUUGAGGUCUAUGGACUGGUGCAGAAGCGUGAGGUCUGCAGUGACAAGAAGAAGAAACCCAACAAGUCAAAGAUGAUAUGGAGGCAGGUUUAUGAGGCCCAUGAUUUGUGUAUGUCGGCUAUCACUCCAAAGAGGUUCCUUGCCAUCACUAAAAGUGCCCAGACACCAGUUUUGGCCAGUCCAGGGGGACCCAAUGCUGUUCGCACCAGUAACUUUGUUCUGGUUGCAUCACACAAGCUCACCCUGUCCUGUAUUGGGAAAAACAAAUUUCCUCUGGAGAAGAUCAAGUAUGAAGGAGAACUGCUCAGUGGCAUGUUUCAUACCAAGGUGCCAUUCUUGUGCCCACUGGAGGGCCACAUCUACCUGAAGAUGCAGUGUGAAGUUGGCUCAAAGGUGGAGGGGAAGGGCUUCCUGACGAUGUUUGAAGAUGUUAGUGGAUUUGGAGCCUGGCACAGGAGGUGGUGUGUCUUAUCAGGAUACUGCAUCUCCUACUGGACGUACCCAGACGAUGAGAAACGCAAGAAUCCCAUUGGUCGCAUCAACCUAGCCAACUGCACCAGCAACAAGGUGGAACCAGCCAACAGAGAGUUCUGCGCCAGACCCCACACAUUUGAGCUGAUCACAGUGAGACCACAAAGAGAGGACGACAAAGAGACACUUGUCAGUCAGUGCCAGAAUACCAUGUGUGUCACCAAGAACUGGCUGAGUGCAGACACUAAGGACGAGAGGAAUUUGUGGAUGAAGAAACUGAACCAGAUUCUUGUGGAUCUGCGUAUGUGGCAACCAGACGCCUGUUACAGGCCACUCUAAUACUGCGCUAGGUCACAACAUGACCCUCCAGCUUUUGGACUGUCGAUAUCAGUGACACAUCCAAUUACUAAGUGCAAUACAGAGUCAGAAUUGUUAAACAUUUCCACUUGUGGAUGUUUUAUUGUUGCCAGGUGAGUAAAACACAGAUAAUAGGCGAGCGGAGAGUAAAUAAAGCCAUACAUUUGAAACAUUUCAGUACAGUAUUUUGUGUAGGAGUCGGGGUUUGGCACUAUAUUUUAUUCAUUUCCAGAGUGGUUUGAGACUUAAAUGUUCUGGGUUAUUGCUGUGUUGCCACACUGUUAUAUUUACGCAGAUAUUUAGUUUACUUAACAUCUACUGCAUGGCUUUAAAUUAUUUGGUUUCAAUGCUGAAAUCAACACAUAAAUGUUGUUGAAAUUACAGAUGAAUAUUAAUUUGAAGCACCACAGUUUUAUUACAUUUUAUCCUACAUGUCAGCACAGAACUAUACUGAUGGAUAUUUUUGCUGAGUUUUACUUUAUAUAUUGGCUUUUAUAACUUGUGGCUGGACUUUCACGUUUGCUUCAUUGCCAUGCACAGAUUUUUGAUACUCCAGCUUUUAUUCUAUUUGUAAUAUUUGUUCAGUGUUUAUGUAAUUGUUUCAGUGUUGGAGUUGGAUAAGUAGAGGGUAAGGUCUGUUACAUAUUCUACACUAAACCCAUAACUACAUUAUUUGUUUUUAUGUUAAUGAAAAACAAACAUUUUUGACAGGGAUCCCAUCUUUAUACUGCACACUUGUGACCAACUGUUCAAACACUUUAUGGUUAAUACUAAUGUGGUAUAAAAUAAAGCUAUCAGUGCCAUCUCCUGGUCAAACUAUGUAUGCAUCACAGUAAAUGAACUUACACACACCUUUGGUUUUCUGUACUACAGUUAAGUACUUAUUCUGCGCCGAUACAGACACAUUUGUUAAAGGAUACAUGCUGGAUUAUUUAUGAGACAGCCUUUACUCUGUCUGAUAAAAAAACAAGAUUUAUCUACACAGGUGCAACUAUUUGAUUCUAGAAUAUAUGCUUUUUUGUGUGUAUGUAUCAACGGCAACGCAACAGUCUGUUGUUUUAGUCAACUUUCUUGUUGGUUACAAAGAAAGAAGGAAGCAAUAGAUUUUAGAGUCAUUUAUCCUGUGUCAUUCUUAUUCAAGGAGUCAUUUAUAUGUAGUUGCUCAUUAAGCAAUGAAAUAUGUGGUAUAAGUACACAUUCAUCUUUGUAAGUCACCCAUAGCACAUUUUGCGGUGAGUAUGUAACAGACUUUACUGGGACCCUUCAGGUGCUGAUAAAUGAAAUAUCAGAUGGACAGAUUGUUCGUGAAAGAUGAGGUAUAUUCUGUUAUGUUUAAUUAUGAAAACAAAGUUGGCAAACUACACAAGUUCAAUUGAUCCUGCAACCUUCUAUAUCUGUUUUUUCAUCAUGAUGAAUAUGAUUGAGUAGGAAAUAUGUUCAACUGGUUGACUUUAACAGACUUUUGUCAGGUAUUUGUGGAUCAGUGAGACUUCAAUAAAUGCCUGCUUUGACCAAAAAUGGAGCAGGUUGCUUAUG